GAUCCUGUCUCCAUCCGUCGCCAUUCCCUUCUCCUUUUCUAUCUACAAAACGCGCGACGGCAUUGACGAACAACCGAGGGCAUUCGUCGCCGCUGCUCAGGCUUCUUUUCCCUCUCUUAUUUUGUUUUCAAAUCAUCACAUUUCGCUUCGUUGCCCAUCAUGAGCAGCCUGCGCUUCCUCGAUCUCGUAAAGCCAUUCGUGGCAUUCCUGCCCGAGGUCCAGCAGCCUGAGAGCAAGGUCCCCUUCAACCAAAAGUUGAUGUGGACAGGUCUCACUUUGCUGACCUUCUUGGUCAUGAGCCAGAUGCCGCUGUACGGUAUCGUGUCCUCUGAUACCUCCGAUCCCCUAUACUGGUUACGUAUGAUGAUGGCGAGUAACCGUGGAACGCUGAUGGAGCUGGGUAUUACGCCCAUCAUAUCCUCUGGCAUGGUCUUCCAGCUCUUGGCUGGUACCCACAUGAUCGACGUCAACCUCGACCUCAAGUCCGACCGCGAAUUAUACCAAACCGCCCAGAAACUCUUCGCCUUAAUCUUGUCGGCUGGUACCGCCACUGUUUACGUCUUCACUGGUCUCUACGGCCCACCUUCGGAAUUGGGCGCUGGUAUUGUCUUCCUGUUGAUCCUCCAGCUCGUGACGGCUGGAAUGAUCGUCAUCCUUCUUGACGAGCUUCUACAAAAAGGCUACGGUCUUGGUAGCGGUAUCUCUCUGUUCAUCGCCACCAACAUUUGCGAAUCGAUCGUCUGGAAGGCUUUCUCACCCACCUCAAUCAACACUGGUCGCGGACCAGAAUUUGAGGGUGCGAUUAUUGCCCUGUUCCACCUGUUGAUGACAUGGCCCAACAAGCAACGUGCUUUACAAGAAGCGUUUUAUCGCCAGAACCUCCCCAACAUCAUGAACUUGCUGGCAACUUUGGCCGUUUUCGCCGCUGUUAUCUACCUCCAGGGUUUCCGUGUCGAAAUUCCCGUCAAGAGUUCUCGCCAGCGUGGCGCUCGCGGCAGCUAUCCUGUGCGCCUCUUCUACACAUCCAACAUGCCCAUCAUGUUGCAAUCUGCUCUCUCGUCCAACGUCUUCCUUAUCAGCCAAAUGCUAUACUCCCGCUUCUCUGAUAAUCUCCUUGUCCGCAUGUUCGGUGUUUGGGAAGCCAAGGAAGGCUCCGCGCAACUCUCUGCCAUCUCUGGACUCGUCUACUAUAUGUCACCCCCUCUAAACUUCCGUGAUGCCCUCUUGGACCCUAUCCACACGGUCGUCUACAUCUUUUAUAUGGUCGCUGCCUGUGCCAUCUUCUCGACUACAUGGAUUGAAGUCUCUGGCUCCAGCCCUCGUGAUGUUGCCAAGCAACUCAAGGACUCUGGGCUCGUUAUGGCCGGACACCGUGACCAAUCUAUGUACAAGGAGCUCAAGCGCAUUAUCCCUACGGCGGCCGCUUUCGGAGGUGCCUGCAUUGGUGCUCUCUCUGUUGCCAGCGAUCUAAUGGGUGCUCUUGGUUCGGGUACCGGUACCCUUCUCGCCGUCACUAUCAUCUACGGCUACUUCGAGAUCGCCGCCAAAGAAGGUGAUCUUGCCGGUAUGAAGGGCAUGGUAAUGGGCUAAUUGCUCAUGGCCGCGUCUCCAUUCAUCUUCUACAUGUCUUCAGCACGAUUUUCGUGCGAGAACAGUAAUACGGUGGCUUUAGGCCGUGUGUAAUACCAGAAAUACUAAGGGUCCAUAAAAAGUUAUGAGGUGUUCACGGGAUGGCGGAGCUUGGAAAUUGCAUCGGCGCCGGCGGACACUUCGGCCCAGGAGUUCUCACCUGAGGAAAAAGAAGAACGUACCAUUAUUCUGUAUUUAUUAAAAUGAUGCAUGAGGCAGUCAGGUGUACGUAAAAAUUCUAUGUGAUUGCUCCAUUGCGAGAUCGGAGUCUUGGUCUGCUCUCGAUCAUGCGCUAUUUGACG